UCAAUGACAAAUGGCACCUGGAAUAGCACCUGGGUACUUAAAUGAUUAUUAUAUCACAAAUAACCACAAAUUACCUAAAGACUUAUCUAAAUAUUUUACUUCCGAUAAUACACCUGUAUCCAAGAUAAUAUUUUAUAUUUAUAUAGAGCAUUUUUGGUUUUGGAUAUUAGUUAAUUCUUCAAUUUUUGAAAUCAGGACUCAUCUGAACUAGCACCUAUAAUACAAAAUGGUUCUCUCUGGCAAAUACAGUGUAAUUGGGGAAGAAAACUUCGUUCAAAGUCUUAAAGACUAUGGUGUACCAGAAGAUGUAAUUAAAGGCAGUGAUCAGUUCUCUAUUGAAUUCAAACAAGACGGUAACAAGUAUACAAUUACUGAAACUGCCAAAGACAAAACUAGAGUUGUCUCAUUUACUAUCGGAGAGGAAUUUGAAGAAGAAUUUUUUGGCCGCAAGAUUAAGAGUAUCGCAAAACUUGAUGGAGAUGUCCUGGUAAUCACCAAUGGAGACCAUUCUAGGACUUUCAAUUUCACUAGUACUGGUUUGGAAAUUGUCCAUAAAUCACCUAAAGGCUCAUCGAAACUCAUUUUCAAGAAAGACUAGACGACAAAAUAAGCUUAGAAGAAUAUGUAAUUUUAAUGUAUGUAAUAUAGUUAUUAUAUUUA